AUGGUCCCGGAUGUCAACGCCGUGCCCUCUGCGAACGAGAUCACCGUCCCGCGCCUGCGGCCAUCGUCUGCACACGUCCCGCCUCCGUCCAAAAUCUACAGUCGCCGCAGCCCAUCCAGACCCCGGCGCAGAUCCAUCGAUGGCCGCCCGCUCGUCCGCAGCAGCACCACCAAGGUAUCAGUCCGCAUGAAACCGCGGCCUGCUGCCACUGCCGCUGCCGCUGCCACGGCUAUUCCAGCCCCAACACCUGCCACUUCCACUUCCACUUUACCAACCUCCUCGUCUUGGCGACCACCGCCGCCUUCCCGACAGGUCUCAUGGUCGUACCUGAGGAAGACGUCGUGGUCGUCGCCGCACAAGCAUCCGCUCGAAGCCCAACCCCAGGACGUGGACCAUGGCUCUUCCAUGGGCGGGACUGGUGACAGUGGAGCUGGUGAUCCCGCAUCAUCGAGAGCUGCAGGCUCGCUGCGCCCCCGGUACUCGGUCUCGUAUCGUCUCGCCAAAGCACCGCGAGCUGCUGCCACGAGCGCCGCUGCUGCCACCGUCGCUCCCACUGCCGUUGGCGUCGAUGAAUCUCCAGCAGCUGAGCCUUCGCCAGAAGCGUCGGCAGGGGCGGAAGCUGGACCGACCGAUGCCACCGCCACGAAAGGCUCGGAAGAAACUGUGACAGCCGAUGAUGAUGAUGAAGGCGUCACAUGUGCGAAAAAUCAAAGCAGAUCGUCGACAUCACCACCUCCUGCACAACCCACUCCACUCUUCGAUGAGGCCACGAGGUUGACAGCUGCCUGGAAAGAUAUUCAGCGCAAGGAGCGGCAACUGAAAGUACGCGAAGACGCGCUCAAGCUGAGCCAGAAACGCCUCCGCCAAGACCGCGAUGCGCUCGAGAAGGAGAAGCGACGGGUCCAAGAGGAGCUGAAAGCGCAGCAGGAGCGGGAGCGGGAGCAUGAGCAGCAACAAAAGAAAACACGAACCACUACAGCCAAUGCUACCACUGCUGCCCCCGACGAAGACACCACCCGCAAAAGACGAGCCGCGAGGCGGGGCAGGAGCAGGAGCAGGAGCAAGCCGCGAACCAAGGUCGUGUUUCCCGACGACUGCUGGCGGCUGGACCAUCAGAAGCAACAAGACCACCGUCACUCGUCCUGGUCCUCGGUUAACAGCAGCGACGCUGGCACCAACACCUCCCGCCACUCGUCGACAUCCUACCCUUCCGACGCCGAAAGCGCCACUACCGCUGCCACACGCACAUCGUCGUCCUCAUCCACCCGCCCUUCCCCCGAAACUCAGAGCGAUCCCAAUCCCCAACCCCAACCCCAGCCCAAACCCACUUUCGAACCCAAACCCAAACCCACUUCCGCACCCAUACCCAUAACCAUACCCAUACCCAUACCCGUACCCGUACCCGUACCCGUACCCACACCCUCACCCCGACGCACCUGGUCCCCCGCCGACCUCGGACCCUCCCUGGCGGCCUACAACGCCCAAUGGACGGCCCUAUCGCCGCGCUCCGCCGCGAUUCCCUACCCGUCGCCCAACCACUCGGCCGCCGAGCUGGUCGAUGCCACGCACCUGCGCUCGCUGCUCCACCUGCUCCUCCCGCUGCCGGCCGCGGCCAUGGAAGAGAGGAGGAGGAUACUGGCCGCCAUCAUCGCCGGCAGCGGCGGCGGCAGCACCCACCACGACGCCGUCGUCCAUUACAACGUCGUCCACUUCUUCCUCGUCGCCCGCGGCGUCGCGUGCCGGCCGGUGCUGUCGCGCGGGUUCGGCACGGCGGCGGUGGUGGCGCCCGCCGUGCUCAAGCCCGAUUACCGGUUCGGGUUGAGGAGGGUCCCGGUCGCCGCCGCCGUCAAUGGGAAGGAGGGGAGCGGCGGCGGCCGCGAGGAGAGCAAGGAGCACAAACAAGUGUCGUUGAGGGCGUUGGUCAAGGAGGUGCGGGGCGAGUUGAGGAGGUGGCACGAGGACGGGUUGAAGUAUCGGGGCAGCGGCGGCGGCGGCGACGUUGAGAACGGCCACGUGGAGGAGAGGAAGGUCAACGAGGAGCUGGUCAAGGACGAGACGGCCAAGGCCGUCUUCAGGGCGUUUACCGAGCUGAGGGAUGAGCUGUUGGCCGAGGUGCGGUGGAGGAAGAGCAUCGGCAUUACCGACGAUGGGGUCGUUGCCGCCGAGCCGAGGAGAGAGGAACGCCCGAGGUCGGGCUACGGUGCUGCUCCGGAAGAGGAGCAGAACGGGGCAGGUGGAGUGGACUGGUCGGUUUUGUCCGAGGCCAUGUUGUAA